AUGACAUCGAUUUUGUCGUAUAUAAACCUACAUAUGGCAUCGGCAUCUUCGGCAACUGCAAUAAAAACUACAGAUAUUGAACAUGAAACACCUGAAGAAGUAUCGAAAAAUAUUGAUGAAAAACAACGGACCGACCUGUCUCCGCAUGCUAUUCAAAAAAGAUCCAUAACACCGCUUUCAGCGCUUCCUAUCAGAGCUCGCUCGACUCUCAACAAAGAGAAAAUAAUUCUGACUAGCAGUUCUGCUUCUCAGGCUCGACCAUACGAGGAAGUUCUUGUGGUUCAACCAGACGUCGAUGCAUCAGGUGGAAUAUCGUCAAAACCGACGGAUGGUAGUUCGGUGUCGAUGACUGGAUCUAAAUAA